AUGGGCAGUAUAUUGGAGGCAACAAUAAUACAUCAUGUGUGCAUAGUGCUGGUUUUGCUAUGGUUACUUAAUUCAUUCAAGUGCUGCCACCCAGUUGUCUACUUUCUUUCCCUAAUCUAUCUAUAUCUCGUCCAUGAAGUGUAUGUGAUUAGAUUGACAAGGAAACUGCAGUAUGAGGAGAGAAGACAAUCCAAUCAAAGACGGGUGCUCUCCGAUUCGGAAACUGUGAGGUGGUUGAACCAUGCUAUUGAAAAGAUAUGGCUUGUCUGCGUGGAAGAUAUAAUUUCUCAGAAAAUUCUUCUCCCAAUUGUUCCAUGGUUCCUACAAAAAUAUAAACCUUGGACUGUGAAGGAUGCUGUGGUUCAGCAUUUGUACUUGGGAAGAUCCCCACCUAUUUUCACUGAAAUGAGAGUGCUUCCAGAAUCCAAUGGCGAUGAUCACUUGGUGUUGGAAUUGGGAAUGAAUUUUCGUACCGCAGAUGAUAUGAGUGCUAUAAUUGCAGUGAAACUGAGGAAAAGAUUGGGCUUAGGAAUGCGGGCAAAGUUGCAUUUGUUAUGCAUGCAUGUUGAAGGAAAGGUAUUGAUUGGGGUAAAGUUCCUUCCCUACUGGCCUUUUCUGGGGCGUUUGCGGGUAUGCUUUGCGGAGCCACCGUAUUUUCAGAUGACUGUGAAACCUAUCUUCUCACAUGGCCUUGAUGUUACGGAACUUCCUGGGAUUGCUGGAUGGAUAGAUAAUCUACUGGCCCUUGCCUUUGAACAAACUCUAGUGCAGCCCAAUAUGCUGGUGGUUGAUGUCGAGAAAUUUGCUUCACCUAAAAAAGAAAAUUGGUUCUCAAUUGAUGCCAAGGAUCCUAUUGCCCAUGCCAUAGUGGAAGUUCUUGAAGCUGCUGACAUGAAGCCAUCAGACUUAAAUGGGUUGGCUGAUCCAUAUGUGAAGGGUCAGCUUGGCCCUUACAGAUUUCGGACCAAGAUUCAGAAGAAAAAUUUAUCUCCAAAAUGGUAUGAGGAAUUCAAGAUCCCUAUCUGUACAUGGGAAUCACCAAAUGUGCUCAUCAUCGAAGUUCGUGAUAAGGAUCGUCUAUUUGACGAUGAAUUGGGAGAUUGUUCUGUAAACGUCAAUGAUCUUAAGGAUGGCCAGAGGCAUGACAUGUGGUUGUCCCUUGAGAACAUAAAAAUGGGAAGAUUGCAUCUUGCAAUAACUGUGUCCAAAGCCAAUACAAAGGGAGCAGAAAAUACAUGUGACGCAGAAGGUUUUGACAAUGAGCACAGGGGAAAUUCAGUCAUAGAUGAUGCUGCUCAGAGAAGCUCCUCAUUUAGAUCAUCUAAGAUGUCCCCGAAAGUUGCAGACGAGUUUGAGCCGAUUGACUUUGAAGGGCAACGAGAGACUGGGAUUUGGAUUCAUCAGCCAGGUAGUGAGGUUGCACAAGUGUGGGAGCCACGAAAGGGGAAGAGUAGGCACCUUGAAACUCAUCACCUUGAUGGACAAGUUCAGGGUGAGGGUGGUGAUUCAAUUGGCUCCCGAGCAUCGACCUCCAGUAGCACUGAUGAAAGUGUAGAUGCUAAGAAACCACAUUCAAUAAAUCCAAUUCGGCAGGGCUUACGAAAGCUCAGCUCGGUGUUCCACAGGAGCCCACGAACCCCGCGAACUGAGGAGAAAUCCAAGUGUCUCAUUGAGCCUGAGCCUGUAUCAUCUCCUCAAGCUAAUAUUAAGGCCUUAAAUAACAAGGAUAUUGGCGUGAAAUUAAUAAUAGAUGAUACCGUUGCUACUCCAUAUUCUGCAAAGGCUCCAAAAGAGAGAGAGAGUCGAGAGCGAAGUGUGCCAGACAGCCCACGAGAAGGGCAUGCAAUGGACAUGGAUAAAGGCAUAUUGAAGCAUUCUGGAAAAAGCUUGAAAUCCGUACUUUCACGGAAAGAAUCAAGGAAGUCUAAAACUGACUCGGGAUCAACACCAUCAGAUAAUGACAAUGCUUCGCAUUGUGAUUCUUCUGAUGACUCAUCUCUUUCAUCAUCAGCGGAUGUCCCACUUGGGGUUACUGGUUUAGUUAUUCCAGGUUCAGAUAUUUCUAGUGCAGCGUCUUGUUCUGACAAUAACUCUCUCGAGACCAAGGACGGUAUCAAUCAGAUGGAAGCCCUUUCUGGUUCGGAUUCUUUCAAGUCUAAGGAUGAUAUUGUUCAGACUCGAAAUGAGCCUACAAUAACUCAGGUCAAUUUUGUUGCAUCAUGUAGAGAAGAUAGAGCAAAUCCUGUGCUGCUUUUGCUAUGGUUACUUAAUUCUUUCAACUGUUGCCACCCGGUUUCCUACAUUCUUUCGCUCAUCUAUCUCUAUCAGGUCCAUGAGUUGUAUGUGAUGAGAUUGAGAAGGAAAGUGCAGUUCGAGGACAGAAGACAAUCCAAACAAAAACGGGUGCUUUCACAAUUUGAAACAGUGAGGUGGUUGAACUAUGCUAUUGAAAAGAUCUGGCUUGUCUGCGUUGAAGAGAUUGUUUCUCAGAAAAUUCUUCUCCCUAUUGUUCCAUGGUUCCUGCAAAAAUAUAAACCUUGGAUGGUGAAUGAUGCUGUGGUUCAGCAUUUGUACUUGGGAAGAUCCCCACCUAUAUUCACAGAUAUGAGAGUGCUUCGAGAAUCCGAUGGUGACGAUCACUUGGUGUUGGAAUUGGGAAUGAAUUUUCUUACUGCAGAUGAUAUGAGAGCGAAACUUGCCCUGAAAGUGAAGCAAAGAUUGGGUUUAGGGAUGCGUGCAGCAUUGCAUUUGAUAGGCAUGCAUGUCGAAGGAAAGGUAUUGAUUGGGGUGAAGUUCAUUAGCAAGUGGCCCUUUCUUGGGCGUUUGCGUGUAUGCUUUGCUGAGCCACCAUAUUUUCAGAUGACCGUGAAGCCUAUAUUCUCUCAUGGGCUUGAUGUUACAGAACUUCCAGGGAUAGCUGGAUGGCUAGAUAAUCUUCUGGCCCUUGCCUUCGAGCAAACUCUAGUGCAGCCCAAUAUGCUGGUGGUUGAUGUUGAGAAAUUCGCUUCACCUCAGCAAGAAAACUUGUUCUCGUUUAAUGCCGAGGAGCCUGUUGCUUAUGCUAUAGUGGAAGUUCUUGAAGCAGCUGACAUGAAGCCAUCAGAGUUAAAUGGGUUGGCUGAUCCAUAUGUGAAGGGACAGCUAGGCUCUUAUAGAUUUUGUACUAAGACUCAGAAGAAAACUUUGGCUCCGAAAUGGCACGAGGAAUUCGAGAUCCCUAUUAAUACAUGGGAAUCACCACAUGUGCUCAACAUCGAAGUUCGUGACGAGGACCAUUUUGUUGAUGACAUAUUAGGAGAUUGUUCAGUAACAAUCAAUGAUCUUAGGGAUGGCAAGAGGCAUGACAUGUGGCUAUUCCUUGAGAACGUAAAAAACGGAAGAUUGCAUCUUGCAGUAACUGUAUCUGCGCGCACUGCAAAGAGAACAGUUACGGAUGAGUUUGAGCCAAUUGACAUCGAAGGGCGACAGGAUACUGGGAUUUGGAUUCAUCAUCCGCGUAGAGAGGUUUUACCAGUGUGGGAGCCACGGAAGGGUAAGAGUCGGCACCUUCAAAUUCAUCACCUUGAUAGUCGUCAACUUCAGAGUGCGGGUGGUGAUCCAAUUGGCUCUCCACCAUUGACCUUCGGUCAAAAUGGCAGCAGUAGCGCUGAUGAAAGUGUGGAUGCUAAUAAACCUCAGUCAAAGAAUCCAAUUCGAAAGGGUUUACGAAAGGUCAGGUUGGUGUUUCACAGGGGUACAAGAACCAAGGACAAAUCCAAUUGUCCUGCUGAGCCCGAACUGUCUCCACCUGUUAAUUUUAGUGCGUUGAAUAACGAGGAUAUUGACGCGAAAUUUAUACUAGAGGAUACCAUUGCUGCUCCAUAUUCUGCAAAGAGACCAAAAGAUGAUGAGAAAGAAAAUGGAAAAAGCUUAAUGUAUGACCUUCCGCAGAAAGAAUCUGGGCAGUCUAAAGCUGAAUGCAGACCGACUCCAUCAGAUAAUGACGCUGCUUUGCUGUAUGACUCUUCCAAUGACUCAUUUCCUCCAUCAGCAACAGAUGUCCCACUUGAGGUUACUGAAUUCAUUGUUCCAGGAUCAGUUAUUUCUAAGGACGAUAUCAAUCAGACAGAGGAAGCCUUCUCUGGUACUAGUUCUUUCAAGUUUAAAGAGGAUAUCUUUCGGAUUCAAAAUGAGCUGCAGUAA